GAAGAAUGAUAUAUUGGCUCAAACCCCAGUCACUAUCUGGACAAACCAGUAUAAAUCCUGCAAAACGAUCACUCCCUGCACUUCUUUAUACCCUUGCAUCAUUCUUUUUCCCCGUUUUUCGCUAACUCUCGCUUCCUUAACAUCACACAACAAAUUUCUCAAGGGUUUUUCCCGACAAUUCUUUCACUCUAUAUAAACCCUAAUUUGAUAAUUUUAAUUUCAAAUUUCUCAAGGGUUUUUCCAGACGCUUUGAGCCCCGAUUAUCUGCGCUACCAUGGUUUCCGAUGCGGAUAUGGAAGAUUACGGAUUUGAGUAUUCUGACGAUGAUGGAGACGAGCAAGAUGUUGACAUUGAGAAUCAGUACUAUAAUUCCAAAGGUUUGGUUGAAACUGACCCUGAAGGUGCUCUUGCUGGUUUCGCUGAGGUGGUUCGCAUGGAACCAGACAAAGCAGAUUGGGGUUUCAAGGCAUUAAAGCAAACAGUAAAGCUGUAUUAUCGACUGGGAAAGUAUAAAGAGAUGAUGGAAGCAUAUAGAGAGAUGUUGACUUACAUUAAAUCAGCUGUGACAAGAAAUUACAGUGAGAAAUGUAUAAACAACAUUAUGGAUUUUGUUUCUGGGUCUGCCAGCCACAAUUUCGAUCUCCUGCAAGAGUUCUACCAAACAACCCUGAGAGCUCUUGAAGAGGCUAAAAAUGAGAGACUGUGGUUCAAAACUAAUCUAAAGCUUUGCAAGAUCUGGUUUGACAUGGGUGAAUAUGGGCGAAUGAACAAGAUAUUGAAGGAACUUCACAAAUCAUGUCAAAAAGAAGAUGGUACAGAUGAUCAAAAGAAAGGAACUCAACUGUUGGAGGUUUAUGCAAUUGAGAUUCAAAUGUAUACUGAGACCAAGAACAACAAGAAACUCAAGCAACUGUACCAGAAGGCACUAACUGUUAAGUCAGCAAUACCACAUCCAAGGAUAAUGGGAAUAAUUCAUGAAUGUGGAGGGAAAAUGCACAUGGCAGAGCGUCAGUGGGCAGAAGCAGCAACAGACUUUUUUGAAGCAUUCAAGAAUUACGAUGAAGCUGGAAACCAACGGCGUAUCCAAUGUUUGAAAUACUUGGUACUUGCAAAUAUGUUAAUGGAAUCUGAGGUGAAUCCAUUUGAUGGGCAAGAGGCUAAGCCUUACAAAAAUGACCCUGAAAUCUUGGCAAUGACAAAUUUGAUAGCAGCUUAUCAGAGAAAUGAGAUUCUGGAGUUCGAGAAGAUUUUGAAGAGUAACAGGAGAACAAUUAUGGAUGAUCCCUUCAUCAGAAAUUACAUUGAAGACCUGUUGAAGAAUAUAAGAACACAAGUAUUGCUCAAACUAAUCAAGCCGUACACAAGAAUCAGAAUACCUUUCAUAUCCAAGGAGCUUAAUGUCCCAGAAACAGACGUUGAGCAGUUGUUAGUGUCUCUAAUUUUGGACAACAGAGUUCAAGGACACAUAGACCAAGUGAAUAGACUGUUAGAGCGCAGUGACCGGUCUAAGGGAAUGAAGAAGUAUACAGCUGUUGACAAAUGGAACACACAGCUCAAGUCACUGUAUCAAACAGUCAACAAUAGAGUUGGUUAAGAUUGCUCUAUGUAUGAUGAGUGGUUGCUUGUCUUCAAUUUUUGUGAUUCCACCCCUUUACUUGAAUGGGGACAUAGUUGGACAAAUGGGUUUCGUACUGGAGCUGGAGUAUAGUCUUGGUAUCGGCCGUAUUUUGCAAAUAUUUUUCUUUUCCCUCACUUGGUUAUCUUUGCUGCUUCUCAAAGUUACCUGUAAAUGGGAGCCUUUUGUGCCGUGCAUAAACUGUAGCUUAAAAUAUGCUAUACUUCGCUUUUGGCCUGUUGCUGGUCAAUCCGUAGAAGGUGUUCCAUCUUAUAGAUUAAACUCUUUAUUGCCUUGUAUUUUUGAAAUGUUGGUCUAUUCAUUUAGGAGUGGUGCUUUAGCUUGCAGGAAGCAAACUUUGCCUA